AUGCGCAUGACCACAUGCUGCUUGCCAGACGGCCCCGCCCCCAGCGCCCGCCCCGCGGCCCUGCGCCUCGCCACAGUUGCUGCUCCUUCUCUCUUCCCCUCCAGGGCAUCUGACUGGAAACUGGACCAUCCAGACUGGACAGGGCGGCUCCGCAUCACUUCUAAAGGCAAAACAGCAUACAUAAAGCUAGAAGAUAAAGUCUCAGGGGAGUUGUUUGCUCAGGCUCCCAUAGACCAGUAUCCUGGCAUUGCUGUGGAGACAGUGACCGAUUCCAGCCGAUACUUUGUUAUACGGAUUCAGGAUGGGACUGGGCGAAGCGCAUUCAUUGGCAUCGGCUUCACAGAUCGGGGAGAUGCUUUUGACUUCAAUGUCUCCCUGCAGGAUCACUUCAAGUGGGUGAAACAGGAGUCUGAAAUCUCCAAGGAAUCCCAGGAAGCAGAUACACGCCCCAAGCUGGACCUGGGGUUCAAAGAAGGACAGACCAUCAAGCUGAGCAUUGGGAAUAUGACCAAGAAGGGAGGGCCACCCAAGCCACGUGUGGCUGGAUCAGGGGGGCUUAGUCUACUCCCUCCCCCUCCAGGGGGCAAAAUCACAGCUCCUCCUGUCCCUCCCCCUUCCUCAACAGCCAUUUCCAACCACGUCACGCCACCACCAGUGCUGAAAUCCAGUAAUAUGAGCAGUGCAGAUAUCCUGUUAGAUUUGGACUCUCCUGCAUCAGUCUCUAAGGCACCAGCACCUUCAGCCGUUCCAGCCACCACAGACCUCUGGGGGGACUUCAGCACUGCAGCCAGCACUGUUUCCAGCCAAGCCCCUCAGCAGUCCAACUGGGUCCAGUUCUGAAUGGCCAGUGUUGCAGAGUUGAAGCAGGCUGAUUUUUGACCAUGAGGAGCUGGAAGCACCAAGUGGAUGGAAAGGGGUCCAGACCUCUCAAGUCUUCAAUCAAAAAACAAAACAAAACAAAAAAAGAAAAUUCCAGACAAUCCUAUUUUCCACCCUCCCCUCCCUGCCACCUGUUUUUUAAAGUUUCCGUUUCAGUCAAAACGGACGUCUGGCUCCUCAGAGAUCACCAAGCCCUGAGGGACCAUCUCUAAAUUGUGCACAAAAGCAAGAGGGAGGCAGGAGUUGGUGUCCUCUCACCUGCCUGAGUGCUGCAUGCUAUCACUUGUGGGGUAACGGAUGUGUCAUUUGGAUUUUUCUGUUCUUCAGCUCCCCCAGUUUGGGCCAGCUCCUCUGCCCCAGAAGUCUACAGCACUGACCAAGUCACUGCAGCUUGGCUUGAAGUGUGGAGGGCUCUGGAAUACAGCACACUUGUGGGUUUGGCCAGCUGCAGCCCUCAAAUGGUAAUGGCCCAAGACCAGCACUUUGUCUACUUCUCUGUCCUGUAGAAUGAGGGUUUUAAUAUAGAGCUAGCUCUAUCCCCUCCUGCACUGUUCGCUCUCCUUUGACACAUAGGUAUUGUUCUAGAUGGGCAUCCAUAUCUCUUUAUGAAAGGACAUGCUUAGCUCCAUGUCCUGGCCUGCCCCUUGCAUGCCGCAGCCCCGGAUCUCUUGUGUCCUCACAAUGUUCUCGUUCAGCUUGUGUGAGGUUCUCUUGAGUUUGAUGUCCAUACCUUCCCUUCUGCCCCCCUCAAACUCUGCCAUCCUUGCCCUCCCACUGAAAUCGUUAAAAAGCGAUCGAGCUGUUUUAACUGGAAAUAUACUUAAAGGAAAGAGAUCCUGUUUUUUCAGACUGGAGCAGCUUCUCUCAUGCUGUAGCUGGUUGCUGGGCGUUUCCCACCUCUGUCAGCGCAGUGCCUUCCUGUACACACCACCCCGCCUGCUGCAUGUGUCUUGGGAGGCAUCUGAACCUGGCAGAGCUAGUUGAGAGAUGAAAUCGGGAUGCAGUAUAGUUCCCUGUGUCACCUAUGUGCCUCCUGCUGUGGUGACAUAUGUAUAGCCCUCUCUCCCUCCUGACCCCCUCCCCUUACAAAUGCUCAGUAUAGGGAGGGUUUAAUUGCUGGCUAGAUACUUUCAGAGCUGCAUCUCUUCUCUCCUGCCCCUCCCUGAAAAUGUGAUUGUGUUUUUUUCUUUUAACCCUUUCUGCUUAAUAGACUCAGUUGCUGUGCCUGUGUGUUUAAUGUUCCCUAAAUCCACUCCCUCCCCAACCUUGUCCCUCCAAUUUUUCAGUGGGUAUGCAAUCUGAGGCAGAUAGCUCUUGAAUGUUCUCCCUUGCUCUUGAGGUGAGGUUCCCUGAGUCCCUUGUAUUGCUGUCUUUCCCCCCAGUCUCCAUCCCCUAGCUGCAUGAGUAGGCAUAGUAGCUUGCCUGCUACUACAGGCAUCUUGAUGGGGCAGUAGAGCCCUUGCUGCUUGCCUCCACAGCAUCCAUGUUAGUGGAGUCCCUGUAGGUGACGACCCCCUUGCUAGAACACUAGACUUGUACUGCACAGGGAGACGCCUCCCUGUUCCUUACACACAUAGAUAACACUUAUGCAUUCUGGAAGCAUGUCCAACUGCACACGAUGUCCACCUUCCACCUUUCUUAUCUCUUGGCUGUAGCUCUCCAAGGGGAGUACCUAGUCAGCCACUCACACUUCAGUGUGGUCUCAACCCUCUUCCUCUCCUUUGUUGCAAUUGUCCACCCUUUACUUCUUUGCAGGCUCAUUGGUGCUGAAAGUGUUGGGAAGCAAACUGCCCAGCGCUAUGGGAAGGCAAGUCUGUGCUACAUAAGUCUAGCACCACUGCAGUUCCACUUGUGGAAAUGGGGACCAGAUUGCUUUUAUGGAUGGAUAUAUUUUGAAUAGCCACCCAUUUCAGCUUCCACAGGUGUUUUUCCCCUGUCAAGCAUUGUUCCCAAAUCUUCUGUGCUUUCUUUUGGCUCCCUGCCUGGGAAGCUUCAUGUCUAGUGAAUUUGCUAUAUGUGUUGGGGGUGUAAACUACUAAUUGUCCCCUUUCCUGCAGUCUAAGCCAGAUCAUGGGCCCUGGUGGUUGGCUCAAAUCUACCAUAUUGGGGCAGGUCCUGACAUUUCAAUGAUGUAUCAGUUUCCAAAAACUAAGGAAGUUUAAUAGUGUCAGUUACAACUAACCAGGAGCCUCUUCCUCUGUGUUCUUAGUAUUCUGGAGAUAAUAUAUUAUGUAUUUGAGAAUCUGAAGCAAAAAUUUAAAGAUAUAUGUAUAUAAAGCAUAAGAUGUGCUGGUGCAAUAAUGGUAAUUAAAUGAGAAAAAUUGGGAAA